UACAUUGUCUGGGGGGAAAAAAAACUAUUUUUAAUUGGAGUGAAUUAAAUCUCACCUGUCUGACAAUUUAAAUAAAAUAAUUAAUACUAAUAAAACUAACUAAUAAAAAUUAAAAACUGAUUUUUAUUUAAAGGCCUACGAAGCUUCGGUGUGUUCUCCUUGGUUGAUUCCUUGCACGGUUUAUUUAAUUUUUGUGUUUAGUUGAUGCAGUGUUGCGUUUCUGUGCCGCUAGCCAGAACAGAAUGCAGAUGUUGUAUCUAGAAGGCCAAUAGGAAACCCAGAACAUACCUAAACAUCGGCAUUAAUGAAUCGACACACAACCCCUGCUUGUAUAGAAGAGCAAUAGAUUAUACAGAAAGUGCAAUAGAAAGAUGGAAAUACUACAGCCCUAGUCGUUCGCAUAUACGUAUUUAAUCUUUUAAUCUUCUGCAACUGGCAUCAUUUAAUGGAACUGAUAUCUCAGAACUCAGUAGAUCGCAUUGCCUGCAUAUAGGAAGCUUAUUGAAGGCAUUGGAACCUGAGUCCCCUUUGUGCUCCUGUCUAGGAGGCACUAAACACAGAGCUGCUCUCUAGUCCCCACUAGUGCUAGUAUACAAUGCUUGGGAAUCUGUGUGUUGUGGCCAAUUUGAUCUACUUCCAUGUUAAUAAAUUAGGCAUGACCUGUCAUAGGAAUAACUCCUCACUGUAUGUACAGAAGAUUGGUCAAACUUCUCUUUUUUUUUUUUUUUGGGUCAGUGUUCUUGGCAAUAAAACGUAUCCCAUGUUACUGGUGCUUUUCAGAAUGUGUUGAAUUAUUUCAAGCUGUGUUAGACCGUGUUUGCUGUUGAAUGUCUUGUAGGGUAUUAUUAGCUUUUCUGAUCUGGAGCUUUUGAGUGCAUGUUGGUCUACAAUUCUGCCCUUUUUACUCAAAUGAAAUUAAAAUAAAGGGCAGCUGCUUUUGUACCCUCUGCAACACCACUCGGAGAUGGCGCAUCCUUUGUGCCGCAGGUGAUGGGUUACUUUAGUGGUGUUCGGGGUGGUUGUUUUAAUCCAGUAGGUACUUUCAAUGGUUUCCCUUUGAAUAAUUUAACCAGUGAGGAAACGAGAACAGAACUCAAUCAAGAUGUGUUUGUGAAGGGAUGACCAAGAUUGCUUCCGUUGCGUUAACCCUUCCCCGUGUAUUCUCCCCGGCACUGGUUUUCUGGGUCUGAAUAUUUGUAAUAUUUCGGAUGGCAGCUAUAAAACAAAUCGGCGCUCUGGCCAGGGAGGCUGACCAGCCCAGCACUGCUCCUUGCCAGGUUUUACUACAAGCUUAACGGACAAGCAUCAGCUUAGUCAAACUGAGGUGUAUCGGAUUCUGCUUGAAGUACAGGGCUCAAGCUGCUGUGCAAUGGGAGUGUGCUGUCAAUUCCAUUAUUAGACCUUCUUCUCUGAUUUGUGAUGUAAAAGUGAGUAAUGCUGGGGUGGGGGGUGUUCACCCAAGCCAGCACUUCAAUAAGCAGGGCUCUGUCUCGGUGAGUGGCGCCAGUGAAUUGGCAUUGGAUAAAAUGGGUUAGAUCCAUGUUCAAGUAGACCCACGGUUUGUAACGUGUGUUGGAAGCAACUUUGGUCCCUUUAAAUGUAUGCAUGUGGACUGAGCUGUGAAUCUGCAGUCUGCCCUUCUGAAGAUGGACACCCUGCAACAUACAGAACAGUCCUUUCACCUGAUCUGUGUGUGUACCUUCUGAAACCAGAACCACGCGUCUAACACGCUUAACUAGUAACACGUGCAUUGAGUGGCUUAUCUCCAGUGUGGAUUUUUCUGAUGUAAGACUUCACCUAAGUCUUGAGUGUGGGGGUGGGGAACAUUUAAAAAAAGAAAAAGCAGAUUGUUUUGUUUUUAUUAAACCAUCCCGUGUAAAUGAUGUUUUCACUUUUUUUUUUUUUUUUUUUUUUUUUUUUGUCAGCAGUCGACUUUUUAAAUGUUAGAAAAUAAAUUCCCGACACGUCACACGUUCUGCUUCGUAAGGAAAACAAAAAGGAAAAAAAAAAGUGAAUUUAAAAUGAUUUGGUAUUUUGUGAAUGAUCUUUUAAAUAAAAGAAAACCUUAAAUAAGCUUGUGGUUUUAUGUGUGCUCUUCGGUGUGAGUGUGCUGUAUGCUCCCUGUCACCCAGACUAAUCCUGAGCAUGCCUUGUUUCACAGGCUGGGUCUGUGAUUUGCAUUACAGCAGAGGAGUGCUUUACCCCUCACCGUGGGAGUAGGACAGCCAGACAAGUCUGUAAGGGUUUACAUUGAUUUGACCUUGUGUCCUGAUUUUACCAACCAAGUACACUUCUGAAAAUUGAAAUGUUUGUGAUGUAUCAAAUUUUUCGACCAGCAUAGCCCAUAGUCAUGCCUCCCGAUUGUGCUCCUUCGUGAAAGUUAUCAAGGUUUUCAGUUCAGUGAAUUAAUAAUGGCACGGAAUGAACUGCAUGUAAUCUUGCAUUAGUUCUGACUGUGCCGUUCUGUAAGUAAACACUAGGUGGAGCACCUUUGCACAGAUUCUUCACGCCGACAUCAGCUCAAAAGUAAAAUGCAACACGACUCGAUCAAAUGGUUAUCUGUUACACUGUGGUUUACCUAUUUGUGGUACAUGUCAACACUUGGCGCUAUACAGUUUAAUUUUGCGUCUGAAUUAAGGGUGCUGGAACUAGGGGUGCUGAGGGUGCGGUAGCACCCCCUCUGUUCUGCAUAGCUUACACCAUGUACAGGGGUUACAGUUUUAUUCAAGGGCGUACAGCACCUCCACUUUAAAAAUGGUUCCAGUGCCACUGGUCUGAAUAUUACUAAAUUCCAGCUGAAAUGUAAUUAAUUUGUCCGCAAGUUCAGAAGCUCUCCAUUGUAGAUUCCAAGGUAAAGCGAUGUCAGAAGCGGUCUAACAUAGAGUUGUGUUGAAGACUCCGCACUCGAUGCUCGUUUUGUUGUGUAUAUGCUGUGCACAGCUUCAGUAAGACUAUUAAAGGAGUUUAAGAAAGGCCGCUGGUAAUUGUAUCUCUGAACUGAGCUGGUUUCUCACAAUGAAGAGUGGGCUUGCCCCCGUGUCCAGUCGUGUUUGUGGCGGAUGUGGUGAUGUUCAGUUAGCAACAGGAAACCUUUGAGCGCCGCUGCACUAAGAAGCUCGCUGUUUCACUGCAGCCUAGUAUGUGGAAGGGCCGCUGAAGGCUGCGAGAAUUCAGGUAACCAGCCCUGACAAUUCUUCAUCCACGAAAGGGCGUGUGAACCACCGAGCACAAGUUCCUGUUUAAGGGGAGAUUCCUGGCAUAGCGGCUCAUUACCGAGGUGCUGCCAGCCAAACCCCGUGAGCCGCGAUAAAAGCCUUGAUCUUCUAUAAAGGGAUCAGUACAGUGAUGAAGCAGCAGGAGGUGUUCUUGGCCCUUGCCUCACUACUCCCCCUUGUGGUCGUACUGGUAAAGUGUAUCUGCUGCAGGCAGAAAUCCAAAAUAAUAAAGGAAGAAAACACAGUUUACGAAGAGCAUUUAUCUGAACAUCGGGGAUUUACUGUAGUCAGAUCCAAAACAGUGACGAGACCCAACCAGAUGACGAGAGAGACCCCGCCUUCACCUUCACAGCCAGCAUCUGCUUCAGAACUACACAAUGGAGGAGUAGAUGAACAGCCAAAAUAUGAAAACAUAGUCAUCGUUGUCAAUGAUGCCAACGCUGUCAGUGAACCAACGUAUGUGGCUCCUAUUGCGACAUCGCCCUAUGAAAAUGAUGAUGAUUCCACUUCUUAUGAAAAUGUGUUUGCCUGCAACACCUUGCAUAGAGCAAGCAGUCUGGAAUCAGUGGAAUCGCAGGAUUAUGAGAACGCGGGAUAUCUUGGUGCCUUGGCAAAAGAAAAAGAAAAGCAUGAAACUCCUCUCGACUAUGAAGAAUCAGAUUACAUCAACACGUCUCCGAUCGCCGAAAAAGCCCAGGCUAUCCCAGCCCAUCUUGAGAGAGCACCUGAACUGAAGCCCAGUUACAGAAAAUGAGAGAGAACUCCACUAGCUCUUGAUCCAGGUCAACAAAGGGCUUCAUGUUGCCUAAUCCAUGAAAGCUGGACAAGAUCAAUGCGAGAAUUGGGACAACAAUGUAUUAUGUAACAGUUUUCCACUUUCAGCUGUUGCAUCACAUUGUGAAAUGGCUGGAGACCGGCUGUUUUGUUUCUCAACACUUCCCCUGCCACUGUGCUACGCUUGUGAAGUGGGUUUGGAAUUUGUACACCAACCCUCACUUAAGACAGUGAAACACCUGCACUGCAGCUUGUGUCAUCUUGUUUAAUUAAAACUUCCACCCAGUUGCUCUUCAUAAUGCUGCUGGCAGAAAGAGGUUCAUGUUACAGCCGGGGUCCUAAGAUCUGUUGGGGGUGAGUCUACACGGUGGAGGAAGGAUAAAACGGACCACAAUGGAAAUCUGAAAACCAGUUCAACAAAACUAAAUGAAUUCACACCCAGGUAUCCAGAGGUGAAAGGGCUGUGAAUGAACCCACUGCACCACCUAGCCCCCACCACUAAAGUUUAACCAUGAAUAACCUGAACUCUGAAACUGCUUCAUUACAAUAGGAUUUUACAUACCGGGGCUAUUUAUCGUAAUGCUGCAGUUCCGUCCCUGUGUUUUUAUAGUUGUAUGCUGAUGGUGUCAUAACAUGCUCCUUGUUUUUUUUAAUUAUCUGCCAUCUGUUUUCUUAUUGUACCAUAUUAAUUUUAAAAUAGGAAAAAAAACUAAACAA